CGCCCCAGGCUAGGAUCUGCCUCUGCCAGCUGGAGAGCCGGCGAGACCAGGGCCCCGGCCGGCCAGGGCAGCUCCGCCGCAGCCACCACUUUGCCCAACUCGGAGCAGCAGCGGUUUAAGCCCCGGGAGGAUCUUGGACCAUCUGUCGGCGGGGGAGCCGAGAUCGGCAUUAGGCCCUCGCCGCCUCUCUCAGGCUUCUCUGCCACCAUGGGUAGCAAGACUUUGCCCGCCCCGGUACCCAUCCACCCUUCCCUGCAGCUCACCAACUAUUCCUUCCUGCAGGCUUUCAAUGGCCUGCCUGCAGUGCCUUCGGACCACCUGCCCAACCUCUAUGGCUUCAGCGCCCUCCAUGCCGUUCACCUCCACCAAUGGACCUUGGGCUACCCAGCCAUGCAUCUGCCCCGCUCGUCUUUCUCCAAAGUGCCGGGCAUGGCCAGCCUGGUGGAUGCCCGGUUUCAGCUGCCGGCCUUCCCUCUGUUCCCACACGUCAUCCACCCCAAGCAUGAAACAGCGCACAUGCCACUCAAAGCCAAGCCCAGGUUUGAUUUUGCCAACCUGGCCGUGGCGGCCACCCAAGAGGACCAUUCGAAACUGGGACAGAUGGAGAGCCACGGUUCCCCUCCAGGCCUGGGCUCCUUGCUCGAAGUCACCAAACUUUCGCCCGAGAAGAAGCCCACCCGGGGGCGCUUGCCGUCCAAAACCAAGAAGGAAUUUGUGUGCAAGUUCUGCGGCAGACACUUCACCAAGUCGUACAACCUUUUGAUUCACGAAAGAACCCACACGGAUGAAAGGCCAUACACCUGCGACAUUUGCCACAAGGCCUUCAGGAGACAAGACCACUUGAGGGAUCACAGAUAUAUCCACUCUAAAGAAAAGCCGUUUAAAUGCCAAGAAUGUGGGAAAGGAUUUUGCCAAUCCAGGACUCUAGCUGUUCACAAGACACUGCACACACAAGUAAAGGAACUUAAACCUUCCAAAAUGAAAUGCUAGAGCUUCUAGCCCCUAUUAACUUCAUCCCUCCCCCCCAUUCUAAACUUUAGACCAAAUUCUUGAGAGAGACAAUGGGGAGAACUGAAUAUGAUUAAUUUAAUUUUGUUUUAAAAGGUAAACAAAAAAAUACAAACCUCCUCUGCACAAAAAUCCAGCCAGACUUUCCAAAACCUGGGUGCUUCUGAGUGUAAAUCUUGCAUGUCUUCGCUAAACUUUACGUCAAAAGGUGGUGCUCAUGUAUUGGAGAGGAAUCCUCAUUGUUAAAGACACAACACCAGAAGUAGCUUCCUGAAGUUUUUGCUUUUUUAUUUUAAUUUUAAAGUUUAUCCUUUUGUUUGUGCUUGUGUGUGACUGUUUAACGACUUAUGAUUCAUACACUUCAGAAGAGAAAGUCUAGAAGAUCAAGUAACUAGCUUCAUGUUUUAGGCACCAACGAGAUGGAAAGGAAGACCACUGAUAAACUCUGUGUUUGGAAAGUGGCAAGAUUCUGAAUCACCCUCAUGUCACGCAACGGCUCCUGCUGUCUUCUACAGAUUUUAACACCUUCAGUCAGUGGGUUUCCUUUCUGCACACUCUGGGGACAAUCCUGGGCUUUCUGUUUGUUUGUGGUUUAGUGCCUUGGGGGGGUUGUAAUUUGUGGAUUUAGUUAAAACAAACAAAAAACAAACAAUCAAACCACCAUCCAAGAUAGGAAUGGGGAAGGUUGAUAGCAAUAAAUCAAAGUGACUGCCCUGCAGAGUGUGGUUUCAGUGGUACUUUCAAGUUGGCAUGUGUCCAGAAUUGGGAAUGAAUGGAUUGCGGGAUUUGCCAAAUCUCAAACUGAUAGUUUUAUCCAAAAUUCUCUCUACCCCCCCCCAAACAGUGUAAUUUUUUUUUGAGACAUUCCAAUAUGUUUUUGGUUAAAGUUAUUGCUAUUUGGCACUUUAUGCUGAUUCUUGAUAAUGAACAUUUAUCACUGGAUUUAUUUGGGUGUUUUUUUUAAGUAUUAAAAUAAAUUGGUAUUUU